AUAAUGAAAUAAUACACGUACAACAACAGCUCAAACGUGCCGGAGAGCAUGGGACCGUCAAAAUAAGCCACGUCACCACAUGUAGAAACACGCCACUCUGCUGCUCGGCUCCUCACACCCAACCCCUCGACAGUCGCCACCACUCCCUCCGCCGCAGCGCCGCCACCUCCACCACCGUCGCGGCAGCUCAAAGUGCGAAGCGGCGACGUAGAUCUUAGGAGAAGCAGACGCACAAGCUGCAACCAGCCACUUCGUUCCUUCUCCUCGAUUUCAAAUUCAAUUGAAGGAUUCAUUCCGGUAAUUUUGAUUUUUUUUUUUCAUUUUCGGGCAAUUCGAUGUCUCUAUUGAGAAGAAGGAAGGUCCACGAGAAGGAAACAGCGCGCGUAGCAGCGGACGACUACGACGAGAAAAAACCCGAGACCUGGAAACCCGAAAAACCGGAAAAACAGAGCAAAUGGUCAUGUGUGGAUAGUUGCUGCUGGUUCAUUGGGUGCAUAUGUGUUGUGUGGUGGGGUUUAUUGUUUUCGUACAAUAUGAUGCCUUCUUCUUUCCCUCAAUACGUCACAGAGGCUAUAACCGGGCCGAUGCCCGACCCGCCCGGGGUGAAAUUGAAGAAGGAGGGUUUACAGGCGAAGCACCCCGUCGUAUUUGUGCCCGGAAUUGUGACCGGUGGGCUGGAGCUUUGGGAAGGGCAUAGUUGUGCUGAUGGCUUAUUCAGAAAAAGGCUGUGGGGAGGCACUUUUGGAGAAGUCUACAAGAGACCUUUAUGUUGGGUGGAGCAUAUGUCGUUGGACAACGAAAGUGGGUUAGAUCCACCCGGUGUAAGAGUCAGGUCAGUCACCGGUCUUGUCGCUGCAGAUUAUUUUGCUCCAGGUUACUUUGUCUGGGCAGUUCUAAUCGCUAAUCUUGCUCGAAUCGGAUAUGAAGAGAAAACAAUGUACAUGGCCUCAUACGAUUGGAGGCUCGCAUUUCAAAACACAGAGGUGCGUGAUCAGACAUUAAGCAGAAUAAAAAGUAAUAUCGAACUAAUGGUUGCUACAAACGGUGGCAACAAGGCUGUAAUAAUCCCACAUUCGAUGGGUGUUUUGUACUUUUUGCAUUUUAUGAAAUGGGUGGAGGCGCCCCCUCCGAUGGGGGGUGGGGGUGGGCCUGAUUGGUGCGCGAAGCAUAUAAAGGCUGUUAUGAACAUCGGUGGGCCCCUUUUAGGUGUUCCGAAAGCCGUUUCUGGUCUUUUCUCUGCCGAAGCUAGAGAUAUAGCUGUUGCCAGGGCAAUUGCACCGGGUGUAUUGGAUAAGGAUUUAUUUCGGAUACAAACAUUACAGCACAUAAUGAGGAUGACUAGGACAUGGGAUUCGACUAUGUCUAUGAUACCAAAAGGUGGAGAGACAAUUUGGGGUGGUCUCGACUGGUCGCCCGAGCAAGGAUAUUCGCCUAACAAAAGAAAGCAAAUUAACAACGAUACCGAUAGUAAAUCAGUCAUUACCGAAGAUGGAAACAUAGGAUCGAAACAAAAACAUGUCCAUUAUGGGAGAAUGAUAUCGUUCGGAAAAGACGUGGCCAAGGCAGAUUCUUCCGAGAUUCUGAGGAUUGAUUUUAGGGAUGCUGUGAAGGGUAAUAAUGUCGCAAACAAUACGUGUAGAGAUGUGUGGACGGAGUAUCAUGACAUGGGGAUUAGUGGAAUCAAAGCGGUAGCUGAAUACAAAGCUUAUACCGCGGGAGAUAUACUGGAUAUGCUUCAAUACGUUGCACCUAAAAUGAUGGAGCGUGGUAGUGCUCAUUUCUCGUACGGGAUUGCCGAUAAUUUGGACGACCCCAAGUACGAACACUACAAGUAUUGGUCGAAUCCAUUGGAAACAAGGUUGCCAAAUGCUCCCGACAUGGAGGUCUUCUCAAUGUACGGAAUCGGAAUCCCGACGGAGCGGGCCUACGUGUACAAGCAGGUCCCCGCGGCAGAUUGCUACAUCCCGUUCCAAAUCGACACGUCAGCAGCCGAAGAGCUCGACAAUGGGUGCCUCAAGGGCGGCGUCUUCACAGUCGACGGUGACGAAACGGUCCCCGUUUUGAGCGCAGGCUUCAUGAGCGCGAAAGGUUGGCGUGGCAAAACCCGGUUCAAUCCUUCUGGAAGCAAGACCUACGUGAGGGAGUACGACCACGCACCCCCCGCAACCCUUCUAGAAGGACGCGGGACCCAGAGCGGGGCCCACGUCGACAUCAUGGGGAACUUCGCGUUGAUCGAGGAUGUCAUGAGGGUUGCGGCGGGUGCUAAGGGGGAGGAGUUGGGCGGGGACCGCGUUUAUUCGGAUAUAUUUAAGUGGUCCGAGAAGAUCGAUUUGCCUCUAUAAUUAUUUAUACGUAAAAUAGUAACCAAAAAAAGAUAAAAACAAUGUUAUGGUACAAAAUGGAAGUGAUCUCAAUACACACAUCAUGUAUACUAAAUAGUUAGUUAGCAUCUCCUCUAUUUCCCUUUUCUUUGAUUUGUAACAGCUCUGAUUUUGAAAUGCUUGGCAUUGUACUAAUAUUAUUGAAUUAGUAUUUUUCGAUGA